AUGAAUACAACAAAUACUAAAUUGAAACGAACACAUUCAAAGUUUGUUCAUAUUGAAAAUAAAACUGAACAUGUUUUGUAUUAUUCUUUUUUAGUGAAGAUUCAAACAACAUUCGCCAUCAAAAAGCGUCGUCGUGAUCUAUUUAGUCAAUUAAUUGGCAAUUUAGAAGAAAUUCUUAGUAUUGAUAAAAUAUCUUUGCAAGAUGAUCAAACAACUAAAACAUCGCCACAAACAAAUAAAUUAGAUAAAGCUUCUAUUUUACGUGAAACCGCUUGUUAUUUCAGAAAACAUCAUGAUGAAUUAAUCAUUGAAAUAAAUAUUUCUUCAUCACGUUCACGAACAACAACUGAUGACAUAGCUGAUAUGGUGAAGUUUUCUUGGAAACCACCAUCAAAUAUUGUUAUGAGUGAAGAGUGGAUUCAAACAGCUAUCGAAUCAAUGAAUUGCUUUUUGCUUGUCACUAAAUCUGAUCCAGAUAACGCUCAAACAGUUUAUGUAUCAAAUCAUAUAAGUUCAUUACUGUAUUAUUCACAAAAGAAACUUAUGCAUCAUUCUGUAUUCGAAUUACUUUUGUCGCAAGAGCAUGAUCAACAGCGUGAUUACUUUUUAAAAGAUCACAAAGUUUUAGAAAAAUGUGAUGUAUCUUGGAGACGAGCAACAACUAAUCAAUAUGAACAAUGUACAAUAAUUGGAGCAUUUCGACAAAUUAAUAAAGAAAAACAAGAAAAUGAUGAAAAAUAUUUCAUAGCUCGAGAAUUUCUUGGUUAUAAUUCUUAUGAACUCAUUGGUCAUGUACACUCUGAUUUUGUUCAUCCAGAUGAUUUGCCAAUUAUUGUUCGAGCACAGCAAAUAUGGAAAGAAGUUGGAAAUGGUAAACGUGAUCCAUACAGAUUUUUAACUAAAGGUCAACAAUGGGUAUUUCUUGAAACACAUGCGCAAGUUCAAAUUAACUCUUGGACUAGAAAACCUGAAGCAAGUAUUCGUGAAAAAUUAAGUGAAUAUCGAAUACGUAAACAAGCGGAAAUUCGUGUUAGAGAAGAAGAAAUUAAAGUUAUUGAAAAUAUUAUCAAAUUUAUUAAUGAAUUUGAAUUAAAACGUUCAAAAGCUCUUUCAUCAAAACCAAUAAAUUCAUAUACAUCUAAUCAUUUAACAGGAGAUACCGCUUCAUCAUCUCCAUUAAAUCAAAGACUCAAAUCUUAUUAUCCUACAACACUAAUAAUAUCUUCAUCAUUGAAUGAAAUUAUUGAUGAGUCAUCUGUUCGAUUUUCAUCAAUCAUAUUUCGUCAUAAUUCAUCAGCAGAUCAUCCAAAUGUUCGUUCAUCAAAUGACGAAACAAUAUUUGAUCAAUUGACAAAUUCAUUAUUUUCUCCUCAACAAGAAACAUUUAGUUUAUCAUCGCCAUUAACAUCAUUUGCAACUGUCUCAACUUUUUUAUUGAUACCAUCAAUACGAUUAUCUCUUUCGCCCAUAAGAACAAUAACAACAACAACAACAACAACAAUAGAAUCAUCGCAAUCAUCAUCUUCAAUAGAACCAAUAACAGCAACGACAACAAUAACAAAUGCAGAUAUGAUUUCCACAGAAAAAUCUCCACGAAAAUCAUCUUUUAAGCAUUCAUUACCGCCAAAUAGUCUUGUUUCAUGA